GCCGAGAGCCAUAUUUCUCACUUGGAGAGUCAGCAUUCGAGAGAGCUUUUCUGAGUUGGGGAAUGGAGCAGGAGUUGAAAGAUGUACCCGAGUUUCAUAUCCCAGAGAAAAAACGCCGCAGCUGGUGGCAUUUUGGAAAGAGCAAGGGCGGUGAUGAUCAAAACCUCCGCAGAGAGAGAUACCCACUCCCCAAAAUCCCGGCGCAUUGGGUACCAGACAGCGUCUCAAUUUCCCAAAAGCGUGCCCAUGUCCUCGAGAUGGCCAAGAGGACCCCAAAGUUCCCGAACCCAGAGAUCUUCGAGUAUUACCACACGCCAAGAGAGAUCGAGCAAAUCAAGGUGCAGCGGCAGUGGGAUGACUAUGCCACGAAGAGGAGAGCGGCCGAUGCUGCAGUCGAGGAACGUACGAAGAAGAAGUUUGAGAAUCUGAUACCGGAAGAGAGGAAUAAAGCGUAUAAGGUGUUGGGAAUCAAUCAGACUAGUGGGGUUUUCAUUCGUGACGAGGAGUCGGGAAAGGUGGGUGAGAAGAGGAGACGGAGCUCAGGGACAAGUUUGAACGAUAGCGGGAAGAGGACGAGGGUGGUUUGAGUUGUCGAUCCAGUCUUAAAUUUCAGCGCUGGGGUAGGAAACUGGUUAAUAUUUUCUUGUUCUUCUUCGAGGGGAAUUAUUUUGUACGAGUAGCACCCGCUUCAAACCCG